CAGUCCACUGUCAGCAGCGGUGGAAGGCUGAGCGGCCGAGGGACUCGAGGCACCCCCGACAGCAACUCGUCCCGAUCCGGACACGCGACGCGAUGGUGCCCGGUAGCAUCCUGCUCAUCGUAUCGCUGACGGCCUCGGUCGCGGCGCUGUACGGCCCCGGCGCCCGCCCGCCCGACAUGGCCGACAUGGAGAGCCUGAUGAACGCCAUGUCGGCCAUGGAGCCAGCUGAGCGCCACGACAUGAUGAGCGAAGCGGGCCGGCGGGCUGGAGCGGUCGCCGUCGCUGUCAACCUCACCACCGAAGAGCCGAGGCAAUGCUCCAAAACGGACACAAGGAGUGUUUCUGGCCUCCUGGUAUCCUGUCGUUGUAGACCGAGGUUAACUGCUGUUCACCUAGAACAUUCUCAAGGACUCAGUCAGAUUUCGCCGUGGGUGGUGGUGGUGAAGAGAUGCAGCGGAUGGUGUGGCCAUCCCACACAUUCUUGCAUGCCGAGGACUGUAAGAGAGAAGCCAAUAACGGUCGUCAGCUUCUCUUCGCGCAUCAUGGGGUGCUCCACGCUGUACGUGCAGGAGGACGUGGACUGCCGCUGUGGCUGUUUGGUUCAAGAGACUGACUGCAACCCUCUCAUACAGCGAUACGACAGGCGUUCGUGUCGGUGCCGAUGCAGGGGACCGCCGCUCGAAUGCGCCCAUAAUCAGCUCUGGGACCCAAGGACGUGCCGCUGCGCCUGCCUCCGCAUCCUCCACUGCAGCACCGGCUACGGGUGGAGCGAGCAGCACUGCCGGUGUAUGAUGCUGAUGUCUGCUGAUGACACCGCGGAAGACGCCACAGUCAACGAGAUCGCGACAACCUAAUUUCUUCGCGGCGGUGCUCGUUUAUACGUGUAUAACGUUCAUAUGUGUACAGUAACAAGUAGCGCGUGUGGCUGCUUGCA